AUGAAGACAUUGCUACUACUCCUCACAAUAACAGUUUUGACCCACUCCAGAAUAGAAGUCCAAAUCACAGCUGCCGAUAACAAAACCGGUACAAUACUGCAGGUCUACGGAUCCAAUGAGAACAUACUAAACAAUCGGGAUAUAAUAUAUUUUAACUUGACUAAGGAAUGUUUAACAGCAGCCGUUAAUUCCUAUUUCGGAGCGAAGCCUGAAGAUGUAUUUCUCAAUAACCCAACCCCCUUUGGCGAUUUAUACACCGAUCAUAAAUGGAACCCAGUCACGAAGAUCAUUAAACCUGAGAAAGCUCAAAUAUUGGAUCUCAGUUACUUUCCCUUUGUGAUAAACAAUGAGCUAUUUAACAACACCGCUUCAGCACCUACCACUGCUAUGACGCAAAUUGGGGUACCCCUUCAAGAGGAUGUAAUGUCAUUUUGGGAGACACCUGCCGAAAUUUUUACUGAAGACAUCAAGUACACUUUUAAGGUAAAAUCAAGUUCCAUUCCUGUCAAGUCUUCGUUUUCCUACAUUUCAAAAAUGGGUGAAAAUGUUUUGAAUUCUCGUUCGGUUUUCAUUGGGUCCGAAACUGGUAUGGUGGUGUCUUUGGAACCAAAUCAAGCGGUGCUUGUGGAGCUGGUGGCUUCCAAAGGCACGCUGAAAGCCAAACUGGAUUAUAAAACCAUUUUAUCUGGAUCCGUAGCUGUGAACUACGCUAAUCGGUAUAAGGAUCAUUAUUUCUGGUCGUUAGAUAUCAACAAGGUUUUGGAAGCUGGUGGUAUGAAUUUUACUAUAGUAACUUCAGAAGUAAUAGAUUUUACUUUUUAUGUAAAUUCUAAAGUGAAUAUUCGUGAUUUUCAUAGUAAUGCAGUUUUGUCGACUGUGCCUUUGCUUGUGUUCUGAUCUGUGAAAUUAAAAGUUAGAAAAUA